AUGCCAGCACGUGCAAGAAAAAGAAUUGAAGAUACCCAAAAAAAUAUCCCAAACCCAGGCCCAGAAUCAAGAACUCUUGCCUCUUCUUCUUCUUCUUCAAGUAGUAGUAGUAGUAGUAGUGAAGAUGAAGAAUUCAAAUCAAAACAUUUAAGACAAUCAAAUCUAAUCUCAACCCAAACCAAAACUUCAACAAAAGACCAGGUCAACACGACCAGCAAAGACCCAAAACCAUUAACGAAACGAAUCCCAUCGCCAAUCCCAAGUUCACCACCACCACCGAUUUUCGAAACCCAAGACCUAGACCUGCUAAUCCCAUCCCAAGACAUCCCACCUAAGUUCGACUUCAUCCAUCCCAAACCGUCUGAAACCCUUAGGAUCCUAACCGCACAAACCAACGAAUCCGAAACCGAUUUCAAUUCAUGGUACCUUUCGAAAAUGGUCGACAAGUUUGAAACCGAACUAGAUAUGAUUCGUAAUGAAUUAUCUUCUAAACCUUCUACUUCGAUUCAUCGAUUUGAUCUUUUGAUUUCUGGAUUGAAUUCGGGUGUGGAUGUUUUUAGGGAUUUGGAUGGUAGGGGAUCGGGUUCGGAAACUCAGCAGAGUGAGAUCGGAUUGGUUUUGGAGACUUUGAAGGGUAGGAAAGAGCUCAGUGAUCGGCAAGUUAAGUCGGAUGGAAUUGAAGAUGUCGUGAUGACAACUUGAUAAAACGAAAAACAACCAGUUUUUUUAUAUCUCUUAUCUUGAACUUUGAUUUUUUUGGUUUUGGUGAUUCGAGAUCAACAUAAUUUUUUUGGAUGAUCUUCUUAUAGUACACAUAAUUGAAACCAAUCAAUACUUCUCUUCUUUUUCAUCCAAAGAGUAAAACCUCAAACUCUGUUUCAAAGAACAAGAUUCAAAGAAUCUACUCAAAAUGAUCUUUUUCUGGUCUAAUCAACACACAACUCACAAAUUAGUACCGCUUCUCAAGAUAAUAUCCUCGUCACAUUCCAUAUCUACAUCCAAAAAGCCUAGGUGAUCUAAUAAGGUAGAUCUCACAUCAAGCUGUAUGAUAUCAAAUCAAAGAAAAUUCAUACGUGUUUGCAAAUCACCAUUGAUUUCAUAACCU